CACGGCCCGGAUAAGCACUUCGCGAUCAUCGCCGCACCGACCGACUGCGGCUUCUUGCUUGUCUUCUUGGUGAUCGACUGUAGCUCCUCGAACGUCUUCUUGACGGGCGGCUGCGGCUUCUUGCUUCUCUUCGUGAAGAUCGGCUGUAACUUCUUCUGCGGAGGUCCCGCUGUAUGCCCUUCAGCGCCGCCCACAGCGCCCUGCCACGGCGCUGUGGACGACGCUGCUUCUUCUGCGCCGCCACUUGUGGUCCACAUUACCGGCACCAUCGCGGGUGCCGAGGGCGGCCCCGUCGCCGCCGCUCCAUUGCUUCCGGUCGGGAAUACGAAAAUUGGGGGGCUCGCCUGCGUUCCUAAGCCCCCCCCCCCCCCCCCCCCCGACGAGAAUAGGUAG